AUUAAUUUAUCUACAAUUUUUAUAUUUUUAAUCCUAAUUUACGAGUUUAAAAUUUUUAUAGAAGUCGUACCAUCUAUAAAUUUGAAAUCUAUGAAUCAUGAUUAAAACUGCUUGACAAAUUCAAACGUUGGAUGCUAUUAUUGCGUAGUGUAUGUAUCGCACUGUAGUGACAGCUACGUCAAGUUACAUGACUUGCUCGUUUGUGUAAAGCGAAAGCUGAUUGCUUGAAUUGUCAAUCGUUCUUAUUCUACAAUAGACACUUGGAAAGCGAUUUACGAUAUUUCAGGAUGGGCGUAAUUUUCUUGGAACAUAUCGGAGGUACUCGUUUAUUCUCUUGCGCUUCCUGUGACACUAAUCUUACAAACAGAGGUCAGCUGAUAAGCACGCGUUUUACGGGCGCUACAGGCCGUGCUUUUCUCUUUAACAAAGUCGUCAACUUAAAUUACAGCGAGGUACAGGAUAGAGUGAUGUUGACGGGUCGUCACAUGGUCCGAGAUGUCAGCUGCAAAAACUGUGAUGCUAAACUUGGGUGGGUGUAUGAAUUUGCAACAGACGAUAAUCAACGAUACAAGGAAGGCCGUGUCAUCCUGGAACGUGCUUUAGUCACAGAAAGCGAUGGAAUGGGCGAUAAUAUUUAAUACAUUACAAGAAGUAGCACGUCAUAGGAUAAGAAUACUUUAUAGUCAAUGUAAAAUCAGUUGUUCUUUUUCUUAGUGUUCCUCAUAUAUUUGGAGUAAUUGAAAAUUGUUGUAAAGUGUAUGAUAAUUUAUAUUUAAUAUUCAAUAUUUUUGUAAACAUAAAACAUACUUUAUUUUAUGGUAUUACAUAUUUCUAAUGAUCAGCUAUUAUUUUUUUAAAGUUAUUUUUCAUUUAAACAUGUAUACCAUGUUAAGUCUGAUUUAAAAUAAAGAUUCAAUCGAUUAUUGUGUUAAUACUUUUAAUAUAUAUAUAUUAUGAUAUUGUUUUAUAUUAGAAUUUAUUGUAUAAAAAAAAUAAAUAUUAAAUAAAUAAAAAACAUUGUAAUACAUAAAUAUAUCAAUGAAAUUAAUAAAUCUCGAUAAAAUAAAA